CUCGCGCUGUGGCGUGGGAGCCGCACCGUUAGCCGUGGAGCUCGCGUGCGCAGCAUUAGCUCGCUAGACGGCUAACUGGGCAUUUUGAGCCGAGUCCUAAUGAAACCCCGUCGGUAACUAGCAGCUGGCUAGUUAGCGUGGUCGAACGAGUGAGCGCUGUUUGCGGGACUGCGGCCGCGGAUAACUAGGUCCUGGGGAAUAGCUGAAGUCUUCGGUUACCGCCUAGCCCGCUACAUGCCGCCCUAAGUGUGGAGGCGGGGGGCACACGAUACUUUCUCUUGUUUACGUUACUGCCUGGUCAGCUGUCUGGCGUGACACUGCCAAAACCAGCAGCGGGUGAUCUCCUAAAACCAGCGUCCGGAUACCCUGCUCACCCCUCACAAUCAGCCAGUUCCUAUCCUAUUCCCUACCUUCAUACAACGCCAGGAGAGGGUUACUGAAGUCUGGUGGCAUUUUUCUGGAGGAUUAAAGCGAUUUAUGGUCGGUUAAAUAUAAUCGGGUGUAUAAUACGUCAGUUGGUUCUUUGGUCAAAUUCCCAGCAGUACUGUUUAAUACGUCAGGUCAGCUGUCAGGUCUUUCACUAAGGACGGGUUUAUCAAAUUUGAAGUUAAGUGAACUCUGGCACAUCGCGAUAAACUGUUUCUGUUAAAGAACGUUUAGGACAGGGUGUAACCCAAGGGGGUGUGUAUGUGCGUAGUCUGUAUAAGGAAAUAACAACUGGCUUUCCACAGCGUUGUACAGAUGGACAAGCCUACGUUUCAUGUCACAUGUCAGCUCGAGGCUUGCUUUUGUGAUAUGGGUUAGGACAGCCUGGUAGAUGUGCUGGAAAUAGUCUGCCCGCGAAACGCCCGCUGCCAGCAUUUAUUUUUAAGAGCACUGAGAAGGUUGAGGUUCACUUGAACAGUUGGUUCGUGCCAGCCCGUGUUCUCCACCUGUCUGUAGCGAGGCUGCUUCGUGACCUGACAGCCGCUGUCAGCUAUUUUCCCCCCUCCCUCCUUCUUGGGCUCUGGUCACCUUGUGGCUCCGCUUUUCAGCUGAACUCGCGAUGCCGCAGCUGUUACUUUUACUGGAUUAAAUCGGAGGGGCAGAUAAGGGGCAGGCACCAGCGGGAAGCAGUAAUCUCUUUGCACACCCCCAGUCUUCCUGCACUUACACAACGCAGCACACGGCUGGCUCCCGUUGUAUCUUUGCCUCUGAGGGUCAACGGUGAGGAUGAUGUGUGGGCCCGCCCUGGAGCUGAUGGCCUAGCCAGUGGCUACACAGAGCCAGCGUAGCAGGGGGGAGGGAGGGGGUGAGGGUUGUGGAAUGCUGCGGUGGACGGUGCACCUGGAGGGUGGACCGCGGCGGGUCAACCACGCGGCGGUGGCUGUGGGCCACAGAGUCUACUCCUUCGGGGGUUACUGCUCUGGCGAGGACUACGAGACGCUGCGACAGAUCGACGUCCACGUCUUCAAUGCAGUGUCACUGCGUUGGAUGAAGUUGCCACCUGUGCGCACUGGCGGGAGGGAGCAUGCGCGGGAGGUGCCCUACAUGCGUUACGGCCACACAGCCGUGCUGGUGGACGACACUAUCUACCUGUGGGGGGGGCGCAACGACACAGAGGGGGCCUGCAACGUGCUCUACGCCUUCAACGUCAACAAUCACAGGUGGUCCACACCCAAGGUUUCCGGGACGAUCCCAGGAGCGAGAGAUGGGCACUCGGCCUGUGUCCUGGGGAAGACCAUGUACAUCUUUGGUGGAUAUGAGCAGCUUGCUGACUGUUUCUCUAAUGACAUCCACAAGCUAGACACAGUGACCGUGACCUGGUCUUUGGUCAAUGCCAAGGGUACGCCGGCUCGCUGGAGGGACUUUCAUUCUGCCACUAUCAUCGGCAGCAAGAUGUUUGUGUUCGGGGGCCGGGCCGACCGCUUCGGGCCUUUCCACUCCAACAACGAGAUCUACUGCAACAAGAUCAAGGUGUUUGACACAGACACCAACUGCUGGCUGGACUCCCCCUCCACACAGCUGCUACCCGAGGGACGCCGGAGCCACUCAGCCUUCGCUUAUAACGGGGAGCUCUUCAUCUUUGGAGGCUACAACGCCCGCCUGGAUCGCCACUUCAAUGACCUCUGGAAGUUUAAUCCAGAAAGCUUCUCUUGGAAGAAGGUGGAUCCCAAGGGGAAAGGUCCAUGCCCCCGCAGGCGUCAGUGCUGCUGCAUGGUGGGAGACAAGAUCAUCCUGUUUGGUGGAACCAGCCCGUGUCCGGAACAAGGGAUGGGUGAUGAAUUCAACCUGAUGGACCAUUCGGACCUGUACAUCCUGGACUUCAGCCCUAAUUUGAAGACAUUAUGCAAAAUAGCCGUUAUUCAGUACAGCCUCGAUCAGUCGGCUCUGCCACAUGACAUCCGGUGGGAGCUGACGGCCAUGACCACCAACAGCAACAUCAGCAGACCCAUCUUCUCGUCCCACGGCUGAGCGGCCCGGGCCGACCCGACCCGCACCUCAGGUUCUGGCAGGACGAGGCCUGUCUGCGUGCUGCCGGUCGUGGAGCUUGUCCCUUUUUAAUUUUUUUUUUAUUUUUAUUCUUAUAUUUUUUUUUGUUCAUUUCACAUCCGCUGUUUCUAGUUUGCGGGUCUUUGGAUCAGUAGGGUGUUGCAGAAUCCUUCAGUAUUUCUCGUCCCCCUUCAGAGGACACUGGACCAGGGAUGUCGGUGGAAGUGCUUCAUGUCGUUCUAUUCCUCAUUCUCACAGACGCCUGCAGAUGUCUUUGGAUGAAGUAGCCAGUGGAUGUGUUAUUUAAUUUUUUUAUUAUUUUUUUUUAAAGCAGCAAGGUGUGUUUUGAAUGACCAGGUGUGAGUUCAUUGGGCAGCACACAGAAAACCCCACCCUCUUCCUGUCCAAUAGCAGUACACGUUCCACCGCACCGUGAUUUUCCAUUUCUGGAGGCUGUUGCCCUCAGUGAGACGAUCUUCCAAACUGUGUCACCCUCGUGCACCAUCGGCAGCACCAGGACGCAGACGCUGCUCCGCCCUCUGCAGAGGGGGGGUGCCGAACGUGAGACUGGUGCCGUCCAGCUGUUGCUUCUGGAGUCUGGGCCUUUGUCCUUCAACCUGUUACCUCUACCAGCUUUUGGUAGCCACUGGCGGGCAGAAGGGGACCCCCCCCCCCUUUCAAUUGGACGUGGAGAUCUUGCAGGGCGUCUUCCUGCAAGUCAGCCGGUGCCACAGAAUUCUGGCUCCGCCCCCCUUACCUCCUGAAGCCGAUGACCCUCAUAUAGAGGCAGAGUCAUGCAAACUCGCCAUGACAACCUGCCGCCGCUGCCUUCGAAGGCGCCGGGUGGCUGUGUCUAUCACCCGUCUCAUUUUCCUGCUUCAUCGCGGCAAAUCCUGUUUUGGUUCUGCGGUCACCGUGGCGACCUUCUCCUAUGCUGGUGUUGUUUCCUGUUUGCUUUUUAUUAAUUUUUUUUUUCCCCGUGACCCAUGGUCUGGCAUGUAGUGAUGCAAACCCUGGUCCGCACUUUACAUGUAAAUCCAUUUAUUUUGCCCUUGUGUCACCAACCCCCCCCCCCAAAACAGACUAUUCUCUGUCCAAAUGAAAGUGAUUUGCGAUUAAUCUCCUGCUCUGAUUUCGAUCAUGGAAACGCAUUUCAGCCAAACACAUGAGGGCAGGUACAGCAUCAGGAGGAUGAGGACUGGCUGUGCACCACCGAGUCCUUGGGCGCACGUGCCAUGAGACUGAAGACCUGUGUUGCUCAAUGAUUUGCUCCCUUUAUUCCUGCAUUUCCUAGCAGUGUUGCCCCCUACAGACCAUCGCGCCCCACCUGCCUCCCUGGCCAUGUAUACGGCUGCACAUUCACCUCAGACAAGCGGAGGAGUGGGCAGUCAGCGGCGGAAACGUGAGUGUCCCACAGCGAUGGACCAGCCGCCCAGGCCAGGUGGACUUGGGCAGAGGGAACAUCGAGUAAGACUUCCUCCUAAGAAUGAGCGGGCCGUUUGGACCCCGCUCAAGUCGUCCAGGCGGUUGGCAUGGUUUUUUCUUUUCUUUUUUUUUUAAUUUAAUCCCCCUCUCCUCCCCAUUUUAAUCCUUAUCCCCUGAAAUUUGUAGUGUGUGUUUUGUACCUCUGUGAGUAUGUUAACCAACUGGUGCUCGGCAACUUUGAAACAUUUUUGUUCAGGAAAAUGUGUGGGGUGAAUUUGUUAAAGAUUUAUUGUCAUAUGUGAAUUUAGUAAUGACUCUCUAACCACAGACAGGCAUUAACAGUUCUUGGGCAGGAAGUGGGCGGUAUUCUGUAGUCCCACAGGGUCUCGGUGUGCGGUCACAGGCUUUUUGCUCUACAUUUAUAUAAUAAAAAUGAGAUAUGUCCCACCAAGAUUGAAUAAAACUUUUAUUGUGCAAUAUGCUCUUGAAAUUGUGUCAAUAAAAUGGAUGCGGUUUUAUUUGCA